CAUGAGAGUUACUAAACUUGUGACAUGUCUAUACAGUCUACUAUGAUGUGAUACUAUUAGUACGAUUUAUCUUCUGACUGGCGAACAGUAAAUAAGUACUUACUUAUAGUUCUAACCUUCUUUGCUAAUGAUAUUAACAUUUUUAAAAUGAUAAAUUCUCCUGAGUCUGAAAAAAAUAAACUGAUAGAUUCUGAGCAAAGUUCUUCAGAAAGUUCUGAAGAAAAUAAAGAUGACAAUGAAUCUGAAAAAUCGUUGAAAACAAGAGACAGUGUAAAAUCAAGUGAUAGUGAUGGAGAAGCAAGCCCAGCUCCUAAAGAAAAUAACAGUGGUUCUGCUUCAGAAGCAGACAAUGAAACAAAAAAGUCAAAACCGCUAAUAGAUUCUGAUUCAGAAAGUGAGGCAGGAGAUAAACAAACUUUAGCUCCAACAGCAGAUGCCCUUUUUGGAGAUGCUAGUGAUAUUAGUACAGAUGAUGAAAAGGACAAAGAAGAUGAGAAGAAAGAAAAGAGCAAAAGUAGAAGUAGAAGUACAAGCAGAAGCAGAAGUAGAAGUAGAAGUAGAAGUAGAAGUAGAAGCAGAAGCAGAAGCAGAAGUAAAAGUAGGAGCAGAAGUAGAAGCCCAGAGAGAUCUGAUAGUGGUGGUGAAGGCCCUAGUCAAGCUGUUAUUGAAGAUGAUGUAGAUAAAGAAAAAGAAGAAGAACCAGAACCUCCACCAGAGACAAGAAUUGAUGUAGAAAUCCCAAAAAUCAGUACAGAUUUAGGUCGUGAAAUACAUUUUGUAAAACUUCCAAAUUUCCUUUCAGUGGAAACACGACCAUUUGAUACAGAAACAUAUGAAGAUGAAAUUGAUGAAGAAGAAACUUUAGAUGAGGAAGGUCGAGCCAGGUUGAAAUUAAAAGUAGAAAAUACUCUUCGUUGGAAAGAAACUUUUGAUGAACAGGGUAAAGUUAUCAAAGAAAGUAAUGCCAGGUUUGUAAAAUGGUCUGAUGGCAGCAUGUCUUUACACCUUGGCUCUGAGAUUUUUGAUGUAUAUAAACAACCACUUCAGGGUGAUCAUAAUCACCUCUAUAUUCGGCAAGGAACUGGUCUUCAAGGACAAGCAGUGUUUAGAACAAAAUUGACAUUCCGUCCACAUUCUACAGAAUCCUUCACUCAUAGAAAAAUGACAAUGUCUUUAGCAGAUAGAUCACAAAAAACUUCUGGUAUAAAAGUAUUAUCUCAAGUAGGAACCAAUCCAGAUCAAAAUAGAUAUGAAAUGAUUAAGAAGGAGGAAGAGAAAUUGCGCAUGGCAAUGCGAGUUCAAAGCAAGACAAAGAAAAGUACUGCAGGUAGAGGAACUACCGGAAGAUCUGUUGGUGGAUAUGGAGCUGAUGCUUAUCACGAUGAUGGUUCAGACGACGAGGGUGCUAUUUCUCUUGCAGCAAUUAAGAAUAAAUAUAAGAAAGGAAUGAAUAUUCCUGUUAAAGCAUCAAAUAUAUAUUCAUCAGACGAAGAAGGUUCAGACUUUGAAACACUGAGACCAAAAAAAAAUAUCAAAGGAAAAGUUCUCAAAGAUUCAGAUGAAGAAUCGAAUUCUAGGAGCGCUUCAGAAAGUGGAAGAGAAGAUGAUAACCAGGCUGAUAAUGCCAGUGAUUAAAAUAUUACUAUUUUACUAAAGUAUACAUAUAUACUUUAUAAUAUAAAUGUAAUACUUUGUAAUAUAAAUGAAUAAAUUAAUAUUUUUUUUUUUGAUAUAAUAAAAUUAGAAUCAAUUAUCUUUUCCUAUUAACGUACAAUAACAUAAAUUAACAGAUAAAUUAAUAAAUAAAUGUAAUAUCUAAGAUAUUUUUAUAUCAUGUAAUCUAAAAACUCACAAACCUUCUAUUAUUUUGCAUAUCAUAUGUAAGAUAUAUAAGUUCAUGUUUUUUGUUGUUUAAAAAUUUCACUUUUUGAUUUAAGUAUGAAGAGAUGAUACUUUUAUUCAUAAUUUGAAGUGAUUAAACUAAAGAAACAUCAAUGAGAGAGUGGAUAUUAUACGAUGAAAUAUAUAAAUAACAAGAUCAUAUGUAUGUAAUAGAAAUCAUUGAAAAUAAAAUCAAACAUGUUAAAAGUUAUUUAACUAACCAGUUAUUGUAAUGACAUAUAUAUAUAUAAUAAUUCAUGCAGCUUUAACUUCGUGCCGCAUAUUUUAUCUUAACUUCAUAUCUACCUUUUAUUAAUUUACGUAAGAUCAAAUAAUACAAAGAUAUGGUAUUCUGAGAUAGUGGUUGUCAACGUAGAAUAAACAUAAUAUGUAAAUAUUCCAGUUUUACAAAAUUGAAGAUACAAAAAUAUCGACAGGUAUCGGAUAGAAAGAUAAACAAUGUUUUUUGUCACGUUCCGCGACCCGCACGAUCUGUAGCGCGAAAAUAAAAUUGAUAAUUUCUUUCAAAUCAAGAUAAUUUAAAACGUUUAUUUGAAACCGUGUUUACAGUAUUUGAAAUGAAAGGCAGUUAAAGCCGCUAAAAGCUGCAUCUUGGGAAAACUUAUCUAACUAUGUCCUUAUAUUUACCUAAUUAUGUUUUUAUAACGAUAUUAAGACAAUUUAAAUUGUAAACAAAUACGGCAUUUGAACAAACGUUGGGGAUCUUCCCAAACAUUUUCAAAGGACAUUUUUUCAUCUUCGACAGAUAUAAAUAAGUGUAGCGACUCAGAGAAGUCA